GCUUGAGCAGCGCAAAAUGGCAGCCGCCGAUCGAUAACCGUACUGUUGGUGUUUUCCACUGGAUUUUCCGAGCAAAAAAUCGCGACCCGUGGUCGCCACGAAUCGCGACUGCGUUACCGCCGUCCGCGUCCCGUUCUACGGACCACCUCGUACCGGGAUCUCGUCCCGUCCGUGUACCGUUUUCCUGUGACAAAGUGUUUUUGGAGGACACCCGACCCAACAUGUGAACGACGGACGACCGAAUUCGAGGACGUCCGACCGUUGUCCCGUUCCGUGUUCCGUGUCCCGUGUCCCGUGUCCCGAUUGAGUUGGCGAAAUGGCUCAGGCUCAGACUCAGGGAGAGAUUAGGGUGGGUCCCGGCAGCCAGGUAAAAGACAUUUAUGCCCGCCUCCCGGAGUACAGGCCGGGCGUGCCGCCGGAACAACUCUCGCCCGACCCGGAGAACUCCAAGACACGCGAAGAACUGCGCUGGGUGCCCGCCAUGACGCUCGACAGCGAUCUGAUCAUGUACCUGAGGGCGGCGCGGUCGAUGGCCGCCUUCGCCGGCAUGUGCGACGGCGGCUGUCCCGAGGACGGGGCCAACGCCGCCUCCCGCGACGACACCACCAUCAACGCGCUCGACGUGCUGCACGACUCCGGCUACGACCCGAGGAAGGCGCUGCAGGCUCUGGUCAAGUGUCCGGCGCCCAAGGGCAUCGACAAGAAGUGGAGCGAGGAGGAGACGAAGCGAUUCGUCAAGGGCCUGAGACAGUUCGGCAAGAACUUCUUCCGGAUCCGCAAGGACCUGUUGCCGCACAGAGACACGCCCGAACUGGUCGAGUUCUAUUAUCUGUGGAAGAAGACGCCCGGAGCGAACAACAACAGACCGCACAGAAGACGCAGACAAGGAUCGUUGCGACGCAUAAGAAACACUAGAAAUAGUAGAGGAGGUAAUGCAUCUAAUAAUAACGCAGGUCGUACAAGUGGAGGAACUCCUGCUCCGGAAGCGGACAACAGCAGACCGUCCCCACAGCCUGGAACCAAAGAACCGCCCGGUGAAACCAGUUCGGUGACGGAAGACGACAACUCGGAAGAUGACAGCGACAGCCGAGAGGCGGCGCAAUUCCGUUGCACCCAUUGCUUCACCACAAAUUCGAAAGAUUGGCAACUGGGCGGCAAGGCGAACCAGGUGCUGUGCUGGGAGUGUCGGGCCCACUACAAGAAAACGAACGAACUGCCUCCGGUCACGAACCCGCCUCCCAGUUCGACGAACGGCUCGAGCAUCGACAGUCCGGACGCCAGUCCGCAGCGAAUGCGCACACGCAACAAAGCCGCGAAAGAGCAGAACACGAGCACCACCGCCGGUUCGAAAACGAGGCCGAAACGGGGUGGCACGGAGACGCCCGAACCCAAAACGCCUGUCAAGAACUCAUCGGCGGAUAAGCAAAACACCAACACGCCGGCCAAGAAUAAGAAGGUAAAGGGCGGUGACAAAGCCGCCGACAAAGAGAGUUCUAAAACGGAGACGCCUAGCAAGAACAGGAAGCGGGCACAAGAGAAGCACGAGGAUCAGGAACAGGAAGAGAAGGAGAUGGGCGCUGCGAGGAAGAAAAGAGAACGGCCCGAAAGUCCGUCCAGUCUCACGACCGAUUCGGAAACGAUAAACGAGGAACCUGACGCCACAGAACCGGAACCGGAACUAAACGACACAAACAGUCUGCCCCCACCGACCACAAACAGUCCUCCAACUCCAACACCCACUCCCACGGCCAACAACAACAACAACGUGAUGGACUUGGGUCAAGAGACCACGCCCACCAUUAAAAUGGAAACGGACAGCGAAAAGUCAACCACUCCCACUGGUCCUGCUGUUACGCCCACCUCGCAGGUUAAAGUGGGUGAACAGACACCCCUGAACGUUUCUAUACGAUUAACGGAAGACAUGAACGAGAGGAAGAAUCUAAUCAAGCGUAAUCUAGAACCAGUUUUGGACGUUAAAGAUUUCAAAUUUGGCGGUGACGGUAUCAAAGUGGAGGUUAAAAAGGAAGUGCUGAAAAAGGAAGAUACUCAAAAAUCUGACAAGGAAGUGUUGAAAGAAGAAGUUAGGGAACCUCAGGAUAAGUUCAAAACUGAAUUGAUCAUCCCCAAAGUGAUCAUGGACAAAGUACUGAUCAAAGAAGAAUUGGACUCCAGCAACGACGCCAUAAAUUUGAAUCCAAAAGAGGAACCGAUGUUCAAGGAUGGAAUGUACAUGCCAAUGAAAGACUUCAACAUGAAACAACACCCGCCCGGACAGAUGGAUCAAAUAAUCAACAUGAAUCACACGUUUGUUAAAGACUUGAAACCAGAUCCGUUCGGUUACGUUCCGCAAUCCGGGGCGCCACCGAAAGAAAUCAAGUCGGAACCUCGAGACGAACCGAUGGAAUUGACAAGUCAAUCUCGUUCUUCUUCAUCUUCGACUAACGAUUAUCCACCAAUGCAACAACCGCUGAACAUUCCUCAAGUUAUUCCACAAAUGCAAGUGCAACAGCAGCAGCAACAACAACAACAACAACAACAGCAACAACAAAGGGAAACGGGUAAUGGACAGUACGACGAAGAGUCUAAAAGGGUGGAGAAAUUGGAGAGACCGGAACGACUGGAUCGUCCAGACAGACCUGAAAUGUCAAUGAGUAGUUCCAUAGGUCAACCACCUUUGCCUGGUUUAAUGCAGAGUAGUAACCUUGUCACGAUUGGAGGGAGUCAACCACCGAUGGGUCAUUUCGGUUUCAUGUACAACAGUCAUACACAACCUUCCCAAUCACCGAGGGCGUUGGACAAACCACCUCCCCAUCACGUACCACCGUCGCAACAACCACCACCACCACCACCUCCAUCUUCCACGAGUUCCUCGCAGCAACAACAGCAGCAGCAGCAGCAGCAACAACAAAACGAACCUCAGAAUUUGAAAAUCAAACAAGAAAUACCAGAUUCCGGUCCUCCACCUCCUCCCCCACAUUUAUCGAUGGGCUUGCAGCCGUACCAAUCUCAAGGACCGCCUCCAUCACAAAGUCCCUCGAGUAUGGGCCUUCCUCCACCCGGAAGUUUAGGUUUUGCUCCACCUCCCGGACAUUUACAAGCCCCGCCUUUAUCUGCAGAUCCGCUGCAAAGUUUAAAAGACGUAAAAGUGCCCGGAUAUUUGCCACCACCGCAGCAACCGCCCCAACCGCCUUCCUCCGAUCGUCCCUCGUCCGGAUCGUCGGAUAUAAUCAAAAAGGAACCCCCCGAUUACGGUAUUUCUGCUCCGCCUCCUCCUACAACCAUUCCCAGUCCUGUUGCGCCUCCGCCUGAUCAAAAAUGUCCGACCCCGAAAACAGCAAGUACUCCUACGCCUUCGACGCAAAUCGCCCAAACCCCCCCGCCUCAGGGAUUGAGACAACACAACACCAACUCCCCCCAUUCGGCCAUUAACUUAAUAAGUGCCGGAGGAGGCCCUCCUAUUUCACAGGCGCACUCGUAUCCGGGCGGAAUGCCGCCUCCUCCUCCACAUUUGGUGCAUCCGUCGUUCCUACACGCCAUGCAAUUCCACGGACACAGUUAUCCGGGAUACCCGUUCCCGUAUCCGUAUCACACUCCGUAUCCAGUGCCUCCACAUCAGCCCCUGUCUGCUCCCACUUCUUCGCGGUCGGAUAUAGUGGUCGGCGCCCCGAAGUCCAUCGACACCGUGAGCGCCACAGUUAUGUCGUCACAACAUAGCACCACCAGCAGUCUGACCACCAAACGGGAAACCAGAGAGUCGGACGAGAACGGCUCCGAACGGCAUCAAACACACGAAAUGACUCUGACAAAUCAUCAAAGUACGUCGCACAACAGCAGCAUACAUGCGAGCGUCGAAAAACACAAUUACGGCGGAAGUCAUUCGAUCACGAUCUCGCAUUCGACCAGCACGAGCUCGAGUCAGAGCGUGCAGCACAAGGUCAAUCAGAAGACUGUCCGAACUGGUUCGCCACACGCCUCGGUGUCACAGACAACCACAUCAAACCUAAGUCAUUCAUCGUCGUCGAGUGCGGGCAAUCACCAACACACCCACCUGCACACGCACCAUCACAGCUCCGAUCGGAUGUCACCGGGCAACCAACUCUUACGCCACGGAAUGCAUCCAAAACCUCCGGCGCCGCCCACCAACCCGCAUCACCUGAUGAUCCAACCUCCCAACAUGGGACAUCAUCCGCCACCACCUCCUCCCAUGGGCAGUUCGUUGGAAGCUCUGAGAGCUCACGCACAGGCCGCAAGCUUACAACAGCAACAGCAACAGCAACAGCAACAGACCAUGCAUCCACCGCCCACGUCGCCGAUGCAACAGCAACCGCAAAAAAUCGACGACGUGGUCAAGAUCGAACCGGAUCAAGAGUCUAUUGCGGAGGAGGAAGGACAGACGAGCCCGACCGGACCAUCCAGAGGACCUUCGCCUGAACCCAGAAUUGAAGACACAGAAUGUCACAGAAGCCAAUCGGCCAUUUUCCUCCGACAUUGGAACAGAGGCGAUUACAACUCGUGUUGUCGUACCGAUUUGACGUUCAAACCCGUGCCCGACUCGAAACUGGCCCGCAAACGCGAGGAGCGUCUUCGCAAACAGGCGGAAAGGGAACGAGAGGAAAGAGAGCGGGCUCAACAACAGCAACACCAACAGCACCAGGCGCAACAGCAGCAACAACGGAAAAUCACCUCGACACCGGACAAACCGGACGUCAAGCCGCCCUCCAGGGGACCUUUAGAAGCUGCAGCCGCUCACGGAGGCUCUCCCUACGACAGGUUCCAGAGACCGGGAAGUUUCGCCGAUACUCCUGCUUUAAGACAAUUAUCGGAGUACGCGAGACCUCACGCCGGUUUCAGUCCUGGAAAUCACAUGCCCAGAUCGUUGAUUCCGCCCGGGCACGUGAUGGACCCGAUGCUCCAGUAUCAGUUGAACAUGUACGGUCCGGGGGCGAGGGAACGACUCGAAUUGGAACACCUGGAGAGGGAGAAGCGCGAGCGAGAGAUCAGGGAGUUGAGAGAGCGCGAACUGAACGACCGCCUCAAGGAGGAAAUCCUGAAAAACGGUAUAAGGGGACCCGGGGCAGCCGGUGCGAACCCUAUGGACCCGCAUUGGAUGGAGAUCCAGAGGCGGUACGCGGCGGCGGGACUCGCGGGACCACCGGGACCGGCGGGUAUCCCGCUGCAUUUUGCCUUGUAUCCGGGAGCCGGAGGUGGAGCGGCACAACUGUCGCAAAUGGAAAGGGAACGGUUGGAACGUUUGGGAAUACCUCCGCCUCCCGGAGCGCCUGGAGGACCUGGUGGACCGCCUCCGGGGCAUCCCCAUCAUCCGGCACACGCGGCCCAGCUUGAAGCCGCCGAGCGUUUAGCCUUGGCCACCGAUCCUAUGGUCCGGUUACAAAUGGCGGGCAUAUCGCCGGAAUAUCACGCCCACACACACGCACACACGCACGCGCACACACACCUACACCUGCAUCCGCAGCAGCAGGCGCAGCAGGAGGCGGCGGCGGCCGCGGCCGGUUUUCCCCUACCCGCGUCAGGAACGCCGGGUUAUCCGCGGCCCGGUCUGAUACCGGGCAGGGACGGACCAUUGGGGCUGCACCACCCUGAUUUGUUGAGCAGACCGUACGCCGAUCAGCUUGCGCACCAAGCUGCGGCUCACGAGCAGCUUCAGAGGCAGAUGCUGCUCGAACGGGACCGUUUCUCGCAUCCAUCUCUAGUCGCGCAGCACGAAGAAUAUCUCAGGCAGCAAAGGGAGCGAGAGCUUAAGGUACGGGCGUUAGAGGAGGCGGCGCGCGGCUCUAGGCCAUAAUAAACACGACGCUUGUUCUACAGACAGUCUGGAAAGAUGCGGACGUUUUACUGAACAUCCAUCCUCCCGCCCAAACAACAGCAGCAACGGCAGCAACAGCAGCAACGGCAGCAACAGCAGCAACAUCAGCAAGUGCUGUUCUUCAAGUCAUCGGAUCAUUAUGUAAAAUAAUUAAUGAUAAAUAAUUAUAAAAUUAUUCUUAUAAUAGAAAUAGAAUGAAUAUAUUAUAAAUAUGAUACAUAGAAGAUAUCGCUAAUUGUAAAUGGUCAAGCACAAUACGACGAUUAUAAUUUUUUAUUAUAACAAUAUUUUGCAGAUAAACUACCCCGAAACAAGAAAAAAAAAUACAAACAAAUAAAUAAUCGUAGACCACUAAUUUUUGUAUAUCGAUGUUUUUUUAGAUAUUAUUAUUAUAAAUAAAUAUAAAAUAGAGAGUAAGCGGCGCGCGCGAGCGUUUCUGUAAAUAGAGGAUUAAACAUUAUCAUUUCCUGUACUUACAAGAGAGGAAUUUGUUGUCUUCCCUCGUUUUUCGGCCCGUUUUGUGAAUUUUUUAACGAUGUACGUGUAUAAAUUAUAAAGAAAACAAACCGCGUGUACAAACUGUAUAUUUUUUUUAACGGACUGACAUGCUUAAAAGAUUUUCAAAACGCCGCCCCAUUUCAUUAAUUUAUUAUUUAUCGAUGAAUUUUUUGUACAUUUGUACUCGUAACAAAAUUGUUCGUUUCCCCGUCUCAAUAAAAAUAAACGUUUUAAUUUCUGCCAAAGAUUUUCGAAGAUUUGUGUCGACUUUCCGGAACCGGAUCAACUGUGCUUUUUAGAGAGAUUUAAAAAAGUAAAUAAAUAAAUAAAUAAAUAAAUCCAGAGUGUUGAAAAAUGUAUACUACUUAUCUAAUGGAAAAUAAAUAUUAUAAAUUUUUGUACCUCUUAA